AAAAAAUAAAUCACAUCAAAGAAAACUUGAGGAGGAAAGUAUCUAAAUAAAUGUGUAUUUUUGGGGUCGGGGUUGGAGAUUGAACAUAGAAAUAAGAAAGCAAAGAAGACUGGAGAGAGAGAGAGAGCAGAUAAGAAGAUAGAGACGAUGAGUAUAGGAGGAGGAACAGUAGGGUUAUUAAGCUCAGCCACAGCCACAGCCACAGCCACAACCACAGCCACAGCCAUAGGCAGAGCUGCCUCGAGUACACCAGCAGAUGCGGGGCAAAGGAAUUCACGAUUCCCUUGUUGCUGGGCAGCGGCAGGGGCAAAGCUCACUCGCGCUCACUACCCAACAACUCUAACUCCAACUCCAACUCCAAGGAGGAAAAGUAGAAUGAUUGUUUGCGAAGUCGCUAUCGGAUCCGAUUUUUCUCCAUCAACAUCAUCAGAGGUAGAAGCGGCCGCCUCCUCAAAGAUCGGCGCUAGGGUCAAGGUAACCGUGCCUCUCAAGGUGUACCACGUGCCCAGAGUUCCCGAGGUCGACAUCACUGGCAUGGAAGGUGAACUCAAGCAGUACGUUGGCCUCUGGAAGGGCAAACGGAUUUCUGCCAAUCUCCCUUAUAAAGUACAGUUCUUUGUCGACGUCGAAGGCCGUGGCCCUGUUAAAUUCUUUGCGCAUCUCAAGGAGGACGAGUUCGAAUACCUUUGAUCAUCAUGGAUUGGCUUCCAUAUAUCAUCUAUCACAGGCUAUUUACCUCUUCCUCAUUUUCUAUCAAAUAAUAAUAGCCGGGUUCGUUUCUCAACUGCACUAGCAUUGUAUUUUAUUUGUAUCUAUUUCACAUGGAUCAAAUUGUCUUGUCAUCAUUAUUACUUUUGCUAAUGUAUUGCACAUUUCUCUUGACCAUCUUCA